AUGUCGAGAGAGGAAGCAGCUUCGAAGAAGUUCCGCGCCCUGGCGGAGAGCGCGGAGCGGAAAUUCGCGCGCGUGCGCGACGCGCCUCUGCAUCCGUACGGAGGGAGCGGGCCACAGUGCGCGCAUUUCUUUCACAAGGUUUUCAAGGCCUACAUGCGGCUAUGGAAGUAUCAGCAGGAAAAUAGGGCCAAGCUGAUGGAAUCGGGCCUUCAACGAUGGGAAAUUGGGGAGAUCGCUUCACGGAUCGGUCAGCUCUAUUACAACCAGUAUUUGAGGACUAGCGAAGUCAGGUUUCUUCUAGAGGCCUUCAUAUUUUACGAGGCAAUUUUUCGAAGGAAGUAUUUUGAUGGCUCGGCCAAGGAUCGAGGGGUUAGGUUUAAGGAAUUGAGGUUUUACGCCAGGUUUUUGACGGUGUCGUUGGUCCUUUACCGCAUGGAGAUGGUGAAGUUGAUCGCCGAAAGGUUUAAGGAGGUGGUGGAUGACAGUAAAGUUAGUUUUCGGGAAACCAACUUUAAAGAGUGGAAGCUGGUAGUGCAAGAAAUUGUGCGGUUCAUGCAAGCUGAUUCAGCUGUCUCGCAUGCUAGACCUUUGCGUUAUACUGCCGUUUUUGAUUCUUAUCCAACCUCACUCCCUUCUGUGGCACGAUUUCAUGCUAAGAGGCUUCUGAAGUUUAGAGAUGCCCUGCUGACUAGCUAUCACAGACAUGAGGUGAAAUUUGCGGAACUCACGUUAGACACUUUUAGGAUGCUGCAAUGUUUGGAAUGGGAACCUUGUGGAUCUUUCUACCAGAAACUUUCUGUCGAGUCGAGAGAGAACGGCAUACUGGCUGAUCAUUCAGCUACUUCUGGAUUGAUAGACAUGAAUCUGAUUGCAGAUAUGUUAGACACAAAUUUACCUCCAAAUCCUAAAAAAGCUAUUCUCUAUCGUCCAUCCGUGACACAUUUGUUAGCGGUGAUGGCAACAAUUUGCGAGGAGCUACCUCCAGAUAGUGUUAUGCUAAUAUACUUGUCUACUUCAGGAAUUUCUGGUCAUUGUACUACUUCACAAGCUGAGAACUCUGGAAUGUCGAGAAAAUGCGCUUUGACCAGUGCCCCCGUUAAUAAUCAUCAUGAACUGAGGAAUGGUUUUUCUGAAGAUCAUAUUAAUAAUGAGUGCUCAAAUCAAUAUUUUGAGAAUUAUUUGUCAUUAGGCCCAUGCAGAAGUGGAGGUUCAAAUAUCCUCUUCCCCGGUGAUAUAAUACCUUUCACCAGAAAGCCUCUCUUUUUGAUAAUUGAUAGUGAUAACAGCCAUGCAUUCAAGGUUCUACACGGAGCAGAAAGGGGUGAACCCGUAGCUUUAUUCCUUUCUCCUUUGAGGCCUUCAUUCAAGGAUCCAGUUGGUGUUGACAUGGCUCAUGGAAGUCAGUUCACUUUCUUCCUGACUGCUCCAUUACAGGCUUUCUGCCAAUUAGUUGAUCACAGCUUAAUUAAUGAUGACAUGGACAUGUACAACACAACAGAAAGCAUACUUUCCAGUGCCUUCUCUAAAUGGGAGGAGAUUCUCUGUACGUCAACUGACUUGGAUAUAGUUUGGGCUCAACUUCUUUCAGAUCCAUUUUUACGCCGGCUACUUCUUAGAUUUAUUUUUUGCCGUGCUGUUCUCUCUUUGUUCUGCUUACGACAAAAAGAUGACCAGCACUUGCCUGUAUGCAUACCCAAUCUUCCCAAAUCAGUAGCUGCAGACUCCAAGGCUGUGCAACCUGCUAUAAACCGUCUUGCAAGUCAACUCAAGGUUGCUGAUUGUUUUAGUUUUUCAUAA